GGUGAAAUCCAGCUGGCAACACCUGGCCAAACUGCAAAAGAGUUUUAGUCGCUUAGAAUAAACUUCGAAAGCUUAUAGAUUUGCAAUAAAAUUCUAAUUAGCUCUUAAAGUGUUAACUAAGUGAUUGAGCAACUUAUUAUUGUGUUGGCAUAAUGGCAGAAGCAGUAAAAAAAGAAAGUGGCGCCCAGCAGCGACCCUUGGAUGGUGGGGGUGGGGGUAGCGGAGGCGGAAGUGGCGGGGCAGGAAUGCCCAAAAGGAAGCACCGUCGCGGAAAAAAGUCCAAGAUGCUGCCCAAAAAAACCAAAAAUCAGUAUCCACAGUGGAAGCUCGAUAUGUCAACGGGUGCAGGAGCCACGCUUGAGGGGAAUACGCGCCAGAACAGUCGCACCAAGCUGGUCCGCUCGCGGUCCUUGCUCGUCCCGUACAACACCAAUCGCUUCCUGAUGGAGGAGCACAUGUCCGAGGUGACUAAGGACGACUCCGAUGACAACUGCUUUGGCUCGCAGGCGGAGGAUCAAGUGCUAUUCUUGUCCAAGGAAUUCUCCAAUGUCUACGAGCGGGCGCGGCUUGAACGACUGGAGACGAUGAGCAAGCAGGAGCUUAUCCAGGAGUGCCUGCAGAUCGAGGAUCGGUAUUCCAAGGCCCAGAACGUCUCCAAGGAGUUUGGUGCUAAGAUACGAGCGCAAGACGAGAAGAUGCGCCAGCUGACGAGGGAGAAUCAAUUUCUGCGCUCCCACUUCCUGCGCGCCUGUUCGACGACAGCUGGACCGGCGGCAGCAGCAGCGGCCGCAGCCUCGCCGCCCUCGGCGGUGGCGCCCACCCCAAGCUCCGCCUGCGAAUUGCAGGCCAGGCAACAACCACAGCAGCAGCCCCAACCUACACCCAUGGACUCCUCCAGCGAGGACAGCGAGAGCGACAGCAGCAGCACCACAUCAAGCACAACUUCCAGCACAUCCUCGAGCAGCAGCGAUGGUCACGAGAUGGGCGUGGCCGGACUGAACAUCGCCAACGGGCAUGCCGAGCGGCACGAGCGGAGCCAUACUCGCUCCAGAUCCAGGUCCCCGAUCCACCUGAAUAAUGGCCACGCCAACGAUGAGGAGCGACAGCGCCUGUUGGAUGGUAACCAAAUGGACGAAGACGACAACUCCAGCGAUGUCCUAAAACCGGGCGAUGCAACGGUCAAAUAGGCUGGAGUGGAGCACUUCGCUCUGUGUAAAUAGAAGACUCAAUUGUGGUAGAAUAUGGCGACAUAUGGAUACAAAACCUUGUUUAUUUUUUAAGUCAUCUGUGGGCGCUUAAACGAGCGGUCUUCAUUUCAAUCAUCAGUUAAUCAUCCAUUAUUUUACUAUCUGCAAACGAUGCCUCCCAAUUGUUUUUUGUUGGUCUGCGUUGUAUACAAUACUUAAAGAUGUUGCCUCGAAGCGUUAAUGAUUUUAAUGAAAUUUUUAUAAUGAUAACUCGAUUUGUAGGCAAAUAAAAAGUUAAAUCGUGAAUUCGAA